UCCGCUUCCCCGCACCUCGGCGGCGGCGGAAAUGGCGAACCCCCUCGCCGGGCUGCAGGACCACCUCAAGCACGCGCGCGACUACGCGCUCGAGGGUCUCUACGACACCUCCAUCAUCUUCUUCGACGGCGCCCUCGCGCAGAUCAACAAGCAUCUGACUAAUUUGGACGACGGUUUCACUCGCACAAAAUGGAUGAAAUGCAAGCAAGCUAUCAGUGAAGAGGUGGAGAUUGUGAGGCAGCUUGAUGCCCAAAUGAAGUCCUUUAAAGAAGCUCCUGGGAGUGGGACAAUGCGGUCCUCAUCGCCUCCUAUUCGCUCUAAUAAAUCAUUUCUGUUCCAACCGUUGGAUGAGUAUCCAACAUCAUCACCACAAACCUUUGAUGACCCUGAUGUGUGGGCGCCUCCAAAAGAUACACCAACCCGAAGGUCAGCAAGAGGCCAAUCUAGCCAAAAAUCCUCCCAAGAUGGAGCUUGGUCACGGGGUCCAUCGAAGACUGGAACACCUAGCCGUGGUGCAAAGCCCAACGGGAGUAAAUCAAGCUCUGUGGUGAGAUCAUCUACUGCUUCUAGCGCUGGUGGGAGGAAAGGAAAAUCAAGUUCAAGCAAGGGCGAUUCAGCGAGUAGCGACGCCGAAGAAGGCAAGUCCAAGAAGUCACAAUAUGAUGGGCCAGAUGGGGACUUAGCUGCCAUGCUUGAAAGAGAUGUUCUAGAUUCGACCCCAGGAGUGAGAUGGGAUGAUGUUGCAGGACUUAGUGAGGCCAAAAGACUCCUUGAGGAGGCUGUUGUGCUUCCUCUCUGGAUGCCUGAAUAUUUUCAGGGUAUUCGUCGACCUUGGAAAGGUGUUCUUAUGUUUGGCCCACCAGGUACUGGAAAGACCCUUUUAGCAAAGGCAGUAGCUACAGAAUGUGGCACAACAUUCUUUAAUGUUUCUUCUGCAACAUUGGCUUCUAAAUGGCGGGGGGAGAGUGAGCGCAUGGUCCGUUGUUUAUUUGAACUUGCAAGGGCCUACGCUCCAAGUACUAUCUUCAUUGAUGAAAUUGACUCCCUAUGUACAUCUCGUGGAGCUUCUGGUGAGCAUGAAUCAUCGAGGAGGGUAAAGUCUGAACUUCUAGUGCAAAUAGAUGGUGUUAACAAUAGCUCUACCAAUGAAGAUGGUCAGCCAAAAAUUGUUAUGGUUCUGGCAGCCACCAACUUUCCAUGGGAUAUUGAUGAAGCACUCAGGCGGAGGCUGGAAAAGCGUAUUUACAUUCCACUUCCAAGUUUUGAAAGCAGAAAGUCACUCAUCAACAUUAAUCUUAGAACGGUUGAGGUGUCUUCUGAUGUUAACAUUGAUGAAGUUGCAAAGAGGACCGAAGGCUACAGUGGGGAUGACCUUACAAAUGUUUGCCGUGAUGCUUCGAUGAACGGCAUGAGACGGAAGAUCGCAGGCAAGACCCGUGACGAGAUCAAGAACAUGUCAAAGGACGAUAUCUCGAAGGACCCGGUGGCCAUGUGCGACUUCGAAGAGGCUUUGGCCAAGGUCCAGAAGAGUGUCUCGCCCUCCGAUAUCGAGCGACAUGAGAAGUGGAUGGCUGAGUUUGGAUCUGCCUAAAACAUCGGUUCCCUGAGCCCAUAAGCUUGGAAACGUUUGUUGAUUCUUUCACUGGAAAUAGUGUUGUUGUUAAUUCUCGAAAUGCUUUGUAUUGCCAUUACUAUCACUGGACUUCCAACUCGCAAUCAGUUUACUAGACUGCUGGUAUGUUGCUUCCA